AUCCAAGUUGGAAUGGUGUCUGACACCAGUGACAAUCAGUUGGCAGCUAUUGAAAGGGGGAAGAGUUAUAAAUUAUUUAAAACGAACAAGAAGAGCCGGCAUAACAGGCUUGGAGAAAUGAAGUUAAAAGCAUUAGCCGGAGCUCCUGAAUAGAAGUGAAAGUCCAACGUGGUUCUAUUAAAAUGACUUCUCAUCAGUCAUUCCCUGCAGAUGACUUCGGUAUCUACUAUGUCCUUGCAGAGUGCACAGACUAUUAUGACUCCCUUCCAGUUAACGAGGCGGAUGAGAACCAGCCCCACUCCCAGGGCGUGACUGGCCUGCGGAACUUGGGCAACACGUGCUACAUGAAUGCCAUCUUGCAGUGUCUCUGCAGCAUCUCGCCGCUGGUGGAGUACUUCCUCUCUGGAAAGUACAUGACAGCGCUUCAGAAGGAUUGCAGUGAGGUUGCCACUGCUUUUGCAUACCUGAUGACAGACAUGUGGCUCGGAGACUCAGACUGUGUCUCUCCAGAAGUAUUUCGGUCAGCUCUUGGCAAUCUCUACCCAGCGUUUAUGAAAAAGACACAACAAGAUGCUCAGGAAUUCUUGAUUUAUGUCCUAAAUGAACUUCAUGAAGCUCUGAAAAAGUACCACCGAAGACGAUCACAUGAGAAAGGAUCUGCUCAGAGAUGCUGCAGGAAGGUUAUUGCCAAUGAGACAUCUAUCAUCACACGGCUGUUUGAAGGGCAGCUCAAUUACGGCAUCAUAUGUUUGAAGUGUGAGAACUGCACCUACAAGAACGAAGUCUUCACUGUCCUCUCCCUCCCCAUUCCAUCUGAAUAUGAAUGUUCCCUUCAGGACUGUCUCCAGUGUUUUUUUCAACAAGACACAUUGACCUGGAACAACCAAAUUCAUUGCUCCUUUUGUGAAACCAAGCAGGAAACAGCUGUGAGGGCCAGUAUUUCCAAAGCACCAAAAAUAAUUAUUUUUCACUUAAAAAGGUUUGACAUCCAGGGUACACUGAAAAGAAAACUGAGAACAGAUAUUCAUUACCCACUCACUAACUUGGACCUCACUCCUUACAUUUGUCCAGUUUUCCGGAAGCAUCCCAAAUACAACCUCUGUGCCGUGGUGAACCACUUUGGUGAUCUGGAUGGUGGCCACUACACUGCUUUCUGCAAGAACUCAGUUACCCAGGCCUGGUAUAGCUUUGAUGACACAAGAGUCAGUGAGAUUCCAGAAACUUCUGUUCAAACCGCUACAGCAUAUCUCCUGUUCUAUAGCUGCCAGCCCUUUUCAAAACCAGUACAAAAAUGCAAGAGCUAGGAAAAUAAUGUUUCCUGGAAAAUGCAAAACAAGCAAUCAGAAACUGGUAGUUAAGUUUUGCUUUGUCAUUAAAACUCCUACAACUAACGUAACUGCAUCACUAACAUUUUUCAGUUUUAUCUGAAAAGUUAUACACAAAAGAUGGGUCCUGGUUCAUUGAAAAAAAGCAUGAAAUGCUAAUAGUGGGGAGCUUUAAAGCACUGCAGAUUACAUAUUGAGUUCAGGUUUCAAAAUUUGUUUAUUACUGUGGAUUUCUAUCGUAAAAUACCUCAUAAUUACAUAUAUUCAGUAAUUUUUUUUUCCAAAGAUACUGCAUGGAGCUAAACAAAUAAUUUUUGCUCAUGACCAAGCUAUGUGUAGCUCAAUGGCUGAGCACUUGAUAGCAGGUGUGAAACCUGGGUUCUAUCCCUGGUACACACAAUAAACUUUUGUGUUUCUAUUCUAAUGGCUCUGAGCUAAAACACAUGAUGGCAAAAUAUUUAACUGACAUAAUAAUUUAGUCAAAAAUCUGUAAGUCUUCUCAACUAAUUAAAGAAUAUGAAAAGUUGUCAAUUUUAUCACUGGAAAUCCUUGCUUUCAUCUUCUCCUUGAGAGUUAAUGGUGACAUUUUUUUCAAAAGCACUUUUAGAAUCUUACAGAAACUUUUCUAUAUGAAGUGCUUUUAUUGUCUUCAUUUGUAGCAAUCAAG